AUUACAUUUGCUUUAAAUUUCUUAUCUUCAACAUGAGGUGCAUAUCUUGCGAGGGCAGAUACGACGGAGAUGACGCCGGCACGUGCAAGCAGUGCCACGAGGACCACAAGGCCAAGGUUGCUUUUCUCACGACGACCCAUCCAUCUUCCUUCUCCGACAUGUUUCUGUCGGCUUCCGACGACGAAGAGGCCGCUGGACCCGUUCUGGCCCAUAAGGCCGUUUUGGUGAGCCGUUCUUCGGUGUUGAGAGCUAUGCUUGAAAAUGAGAUGGAAGAAAGCCUGAGUGGCAUCAUCAAGAUCCGCGAUGUGUCCUACCGCACCCUUCGUGCCUUUGUCAACUACCUCUACACAGCUGAGGUAUGCCUUGACGAGCAAUUGGCCUGUGACCUCCUAGUAAUGGCUGAAAAAUACCAGGUGCAGCAUCUCAAAAACUACUGCCAGAAGUUCUUGGUGUCCAACCUCAACUUGGACAAUUCAUUUUCGACCUACACCUUUGCGCACCAGCAUAACGCUAUGCAGAUCAUCGAUGCAGCCUUGACGUUGAUCAUAGACAACAUGGACAAGCUUACCGCCCAGGAGGAGUACGCUGAGCUGAAGGAGAAAGAUCCACAACUUGUAUUCGAAAUCUAUGAAGCUUAUCUCUCCAAACAGGUUAAUAAAGCAGCAGCACACGCUACUACAAAACCGUUGUAUUCUCCCUUUGGAAACCCUUGUGGCUCGUUUGGAAACCCUCAGGGCUUUAUAUUUUAGGCCGCCGCAGUAAAAAAAUUCGUCAAUUUCCACUUAAAUUAUCAAAGAUUUUUUUUAAAAAAA